CCGCGGUCGCAGCUCGAGCCGCAGCCUCUGCCGCCUCAGCUGCUCUUUUCGUGGGUCGGUCCCUCCGGCACACGGGCUCCCGCCGCGCCGCAGCCGCCCUCCAAGCCUUUCAGGCCGCCCCGGUCUCCUCAUCCGGCCCGACCCAGCCCGCGAAGAUGGUGGACCGCGAGCAACUGGUGCAGAAAGCCCGGCUGGCCGAGCAGGCGGAGCGCUACGACGACAUGGCCGCGGCCAUGAAGAACGUGACAGAGCUGAAUGAGCCACUGUCCAAUGAAGAAAGAAACCUCCUCUCUGUGGCUUACAAGAAUGUAGUUGGGGCACGCCGUUCUUCCUGGAGGGUCAUUAGUAGCAUUGAGCAGAAGACAUCUGCAGAUGGUAAUGAGAAGAAGAUAGAGAUGGUUCGUGCUUACCGUGAAAAAAUAGAGAAGGAGUUGGAAGCGGUGUGUCAGGAUGUGCUGAGCCUGCUGGAUAACUACCUGAUCAAGAAUUGCAGUGAGACCCAGUAUGAGAGUAAAGUGUUUUACCUGAAGAUGAAAGGGGACUAUUAUCGCUACCUGGCGGAAGUAGCCACAGGAGAGAAAAGGGCGACUGUCGUGGAGUCAUCUGAGAAGGCCUAUAGUGAAGCCCAUGAAAUCAGCAAGGAGCACAUGCAGCCUACUCACCCCAUUAGAUUAGGCCUGGCUCUUAAUUACUCCGUUUUCUACUAUGAGAUCCAGAAUGCCCCCGAGCAAGCUUGCCACUUGGCCAAGACGGCAUUUGAUGACGCCAUUGCUGAGCUCGACACUCUGAACGAGGACUCCUACAAGGACUCCACUCUCAUCAUGCAGCUCCUCCGUGACAACCUCACGCUCUGGACAAGCGAUCAGCAAGACGACGAUGGUGGAGAAGGCAACAAUUAAGGCCCCCAGGUGGACUGGCAGCGCACGCUGAUGCUACUACUGCAGUCUUUAUUUUUUUCCCAUGAGUUGGGGGUCGGGUAGGGGAGGGAAAGGGAGGAAUGACCUUCCUAGGGAGGAAACCCACGACCUGUCCUGUCUUUGAUCGCCUCUUUGACAUUUUUGCCAAAAUACCACUAGUGGAAAGUCAGGCUAGCUGUGCUCGUAUUGGAAUAGCAGCCUCACACUGGCAUACGGACUGUUGUGUAGAUUAAUGCAAGUGGAGCUGUCUGUCUUUAAUUUAACUUAUUGCUAGAUAAUAGGGUUUUAAGAUGAAAAGAAAACUUAAAUGGAAUGGCCCUCAUUCAAUAAGUUCUGUGGUUCCAGUAAGGAUUUUUAUGUACAUAUGCUCUUGUCGUAAGUUUUGGGUACUUUUUAUCUCAUCUGUUUAGCUGUGCAUUUUUUUCAGGGUAUACUCUACCAAACACAUAAUAGUUUAAAUCCCAAGCUGACAGACUUAGAACAUAAGGUGUAUCUAUCCUUGUGAUUUAGGCCUUGCCAUUUUUCUGAAGUCCGAUUAGUUGACAGUAUUAACACUAAAUUGCAGUUUACAGUAUUUCUACAUUACAGCCAUAUGUAACAUCAAGCCAUCAAUGGUGUAUUUUUCUUUGCUAGUUAUUUUGGCUUUACAUCUUUAUCGGCCUCAUCCAGGUUGAUUUUGCUGUUAUCUGUCUCCUAGGCCAAAAGGCUUGCCUGAGGAGAAUCAAAGCUACUUUAGGUUUUGGCUAACAGGUGCUUGGCAGGUGGCUGUGGGAUUUUUGUCCUUUCCUCUUAACUUAAAUCCACCAUGAAAAUUAUUAAUCACUUUAAUAGAAAUGUUAAACACCACAAAAAUAGAGAAAAUUCAGGUCUGUAUGUCAUUUAUUGUGUUGGUAUUUUCAGAGACUAUUCUGAUUUUUCAGAUGCCGUACAGCUCCUUCCUCAGGGAUUGCCCUGCCAUUUCACUUUUCACUUGAUUCUUUCCCGCUGUACCUGAUGGAGGGGGUGUUGAAGCUGUCGGGUUGUAGAAGCUGGGUGGUCAUUUGGAGAACGUUCGUGGUGCAGUGUGUGAAAAUUCAGGUGCUAGAAGCUUACUGGUAGAAAAACCCAAAAGGAAGAGCUGUAUUCAUAAACAUUCUGUCAAUUUUAGGGAGCCUUGUAAGUGUGUCAGUUUUUCCUCCCUUGAAAACACUCUUUCCCCAAGUAAUUGUUGUAGGAGGAUAAAUUAAAAUUACCAGGUAAUAAAUACAUACUCCUAUUUGACCAAAAAUUUUUCUAUAUUUUUUCUUUUAAGGAAAGCAUAGAAGUUGGAGAUUGACUUCUCUUGUGCGGUCAGUGCAUAUUUGGAAUUGAAGCUACCUUGGUAUUUCCACAGAUUUGUUUUCAAUUGGCCAUAGGUCCCUUGUUCUCAUUUUGGAUAAAUCUGUUUAUCUCUCAGUAAACAUGACCUGUUGCAUGUGCUCAGUUUUUGUUUUCUAUAAAACAAGUUAACAGUGUGAACUCUACCGAGAUGGGUAAUAACACAGACUUGCUUUGUGUGUUUAUUUAGGCAAGGGAGAGGUUUGAUAAUAAUUGAGGAAAAACUGACAGGCUUUUGCUAAUACCAAAAUUGAGCUUACAGUUAGGAAAUGAGUAUGUUUAACAGGAUCCAGGUGACAGUAAAGAUAGAAGAAUGAAGAUGACCGUGGAAUAAAUAUACUCUGUAACAUUGCA